AUACCAACUUACCGGCGCGAAGUAUAAAUACUUGGAGUUGAUGUCAUGUUCGUUAUUUGAAUGUAUUUUUGAAUUUUUAUCUUUCUGCAUUUUGUUGCAUUGUAUCAAUUCAAACAUCAACCUAUUGACAGCGACACCGUCUGAUGUCUUGGUUUAGAAGUCUCUGUAUAAACGCAAGUCGAUAUCACAAAGUGUGUCUCCCUUUAUUAUGCACAUGGAAUCGUAGAAAUGAAUCGGUAAAAUGUCUUUUUGCAUGCACAAAGUGGAUGAAUUGGGGUCGUAAGAGUCUUUAUUUAUGUUGGCUUAAAUUCUCGUUAUUUCCAACUAGAGGCCCAAAGAUUUGCAUUUCUUCUGAUGCUGAAAAUAACCUCGUAAAGCUUUUAACUGUCAGAUAGCACAGCUGAUUCUUUCUUCUGGCUUCUACUCAAUUGCCAAGACCAUGGUCGCUAGCCAGAUGUCAUUAACAUCCUACCACCGAAAACAUCCACAAUCAUGUACUACCUUAUUAUUAUUAUCAUCAUUAUUGUGAGGCUGUUCUUAUGUUGUUCUCAUAGGAAAUUGAGGACCACUUCCAACGUCCAAGUAGAUUACCUACACAAGGUUACUUAUAAAAACAAUUUAGAAUUCUAAGCUUGGGUCGUUAGCUGACAGUUGCUUUUUUGCGUAUAGUUAAUUGUCAUCACAUGCACUCAAUGCCCCAUACUUAUUGUGUUCAAGCAGUUUGUUUGCAUGUUUUACACAUGUAUACAUUAACCUCACAAUUGGGGCACCCGAUGUCUGACUUUCAAAAGUGACAUUUUUGUCACCGGAACAUAUAUACAGUAGGACAAGAGUUUAAAAUGUCCUGGUUGAUAAUCUAGCACAAGUUUUAGUGUAGUGGACGUAUCACUAGACAUUGUCAGCACCAAUUCUCACCAAGUUACCUUUACACAUUUUAUUGUUUUUCAAUUUUUUUUUACCAUACUCAGUUUACACCAAUAUUAAUGCUUAAUUUUUAUUAUUAUUUAUUUAAACACAAAUAUUGGUACAAAAAAGCACCAGAUAAAUAUGCGCCUCACAAAUCUCAUUCGAUUUGUGUGAGGGCUGUGAUACUGCCCAGACUGAAGCAGGUGGUUUUCUUAGGGGGCCACACCCGGAGCCUAAGACCUAAAGGUCUAGUCCACAAGGCAGUGGAGCAUCGUAAGGAGAUGCAGUCCCAUGGUAGCUGGUGACCAACAGUUGGUUCGUACGCCAUUCGUUCCUUCAGGAUACUGGAGCCCGUGUGCACCAUUGGUUUGGAAUCAGGGUUUUCCAACUCCCCUAGAUGGAUCCUCCACAUCCACCGACCCGGUUAAAGAUUAUUUGUAACAAGUUUUUAAGAUGUCAGCUCAAACAUGCUAGUAGUUCUCGUCACACGAUGUUUGUAAUGAAGUUGGUCCUUUAUGACUUACUUUUACAGCACAAAAUACUUCACACAUCUAGACAAAACUAUGUUGUUUUAAUUGCAUGUCAAACUGUAUAAGCACCCAAUGGUUUUUUGUUCAGUUAAGUUUUCAGAUUCAUUUAUUUUUUCUCUGCUAACAUUUGAGUUUUUUUAAUUGUUCCAGACAUACACCAUGCCUCCAGCUGAUGGUACAUCCCAAUGGCUGCGAAAAACAAUAGAUUCAGCGGCUGUAAUAUUGUUUAGCAAAACGACUUGUCCUUAUUGCAAAAAUGUUGGUGGUUGAUUUUCGUUCAUGUAUUUUGUAGGUGAAAAAUGUUUUGGCUGAAGCAAAAAUUAAGCAUGCUACAAUUGAACUAGAUCAAUUAUCCAAUGGUUUGGCCAUUCAGAAGUGUUUAGCCAGCUUCUCUAAGAUUGAAACAGUUCCUCAAAUGUUUGUUAGGGGAAAAUUCAUCGGAGAUUCUCAAACGGUAUUAAAAUACUACAGUAAUAAUGAACUGGCGGGUAUUGUCAAUGAAAGCAAGUAUGACUAUGACUUGAUAGUUAUCGGUGGAGGAUCUGGUGGACUUGCUGCUGGAAAGGAGGCUGCUAAAUACGGUGCGAAAACAGCCGUUUUGGACUACGUAGAACCUACUCCAAUAGGUACCACCUGGGGAUUAGGUGGGACGUGUGUAAACGUUGGAUGUAUCCCGAAAAAAUUAAUGCACCAAGCUGGACUCUUAAGUCAUGCUUUGGAAGACGCAGAGCAUUUCGGAUGGAGUUUGGAUCGUUCGAAAAUUUCGCAUAAUUGGUCAACUAUGGUUGAAGGGGUUCAAAGUCAUAUUGGUUCUUUGAACUGGGGUUAUAAAGUUGCACUAAGAGAUAAUGAAGUCACGUAUCUAAAUGCUAAAGGGAGGCUAAUAAGCCCUCAUGAGGUGCAGAUAACAGAUAAGAAUCAAAAAGUAUCUACAAUAACUGGAAACAAAAUUAUCUUAGCUACUGGUGAACGUCCAAAAUACCCAGAAAUACCUGGAGCAGUUGAAUAUGGGAUCACAAGUGAUGACUUAUUUUCUUUGCCAUACUUCCCGGGCAAAACACUAGUCAUUGGAGCAAGUUACGUUGCACUGGAAUGUGCUGGUUUCCUUGCUAGUUUAGGUGGUGAUGUUACCGUUAUGGUUCGUUCCAUUUUACUUCGUGGUUUUGAUCAACAAAUGGCUGAAAAGGUUGGUGACUAUAUGGAGAAUCAUGGAGUCAAGUUUGCAAAGUUAUGUAUACCAGAUGAGAUCAAACAGCUGAAAGCAGUAGAUACUGAAAAUAAUAAGCCUGGACUUUUGCUUGUUAAGGGUCAUUAUACCGACGGUAAAAAUUUUGAAGAAGAAUUUGAAACGGUGAUUUUUGCUGUUGGUCGUGAACCACAAUUAUCGAAGGUUCUUUGUGAAACCGUGGGUGUUAAACUAGACAAGAAUGGUCGAGUUGUAUGCACAGAUGAUGAACAAACUACAGUCAGUAAUGUUUAUGCCAUUGGAGAUAUCAAUGCUGGAAAACCGCAGUUAACUCCCGUGGCAAUUCAAGCUGGGCGCUAUUUGGCUAGACGUCUGUUUGCUGGUGCAACUGAACUGACUGACUAUUCCAAUGUUGCUACAACGGUUUUCACUCCACUUGAAUAUGGGGCUUGUGGAUUAAGUGAAGAAGAUGCAAUUGAAAAGUAUGGUGAUAAAGAUAUUGAAGUGUAUCAUUCAAACUUUAAACCUUUAGAAUGGACCGUCGCUCAUCGUGAAGAUAACGUUUGUUACAUGAAACUCGUUUGUCGUAAAUCUGAUAACAUGCGUGUACUGGGUCUGCAUGUUUUGGGUCCUAAUGCUGGGGAAAUAACACAGGGAUAUGCAGUUGCAAUUAAAAUGGGUGCGACUAAAGCAGAUUUUGAUCGUACAAUAGGAAUUCACCCAACUUGCUCUGAGACAUUUACAACGUUGCAUGUAACUAAAAAGUCUGGCGUGUCGCCCAUAGUGAGCGGUUGCUGAGGUUAAUUCCCCACUGAAGCCUUGAUCUGUUCCUUCUAAUCAACGGGAAGGAAACUGUAUUGGGCAUUGGUGGGGGUAUACAAAUAUCUGUUACAUCUCUUCAUUUUCUUCUGAAGGUACCUUCGUAUGAUCCGAAUUCUCAGAAAUCUUAUUCCAAAACGGAAUACUGAGUCUUUGGUGAUGUUUUGGUACUAAAAAGAAAAAAAGAUCUAGUUUUUUUACACUGCCAAAUUUCAUAUAAAUAACUGAUAGUUAAUUUGUUUUUGAACCAUCAACUAUCUUAGAAAUUACACUUCAUAAAUAUUUUUCCUCAUUGAAUAUCAAAUGUAAAAUCUUCAUUAGUGAUUAACAGUUAUUUGUAAAUUUGACUUAGUUUUGGUCAAAUGAAGUUACUUCACAAAAUAAAUGUUAUGUGAG